AUGGCAGAUGGGUACUGGAAUCAGCAGAGACAGUAUCAGCCACCGAUCCCUCACGGUGGUCCUCCGAAACGUCCCCGUCCUGACUUCGGGAAUGAUGUGGAGAGUUACCUGUCACGGGAUGAGGAUCGAGGUAUCUCUCAUUCGCAAACGCCUUCUACGCCGUCUGUAGAAGUUGGUCCAUUUAAUGGUGUUGGCAUGGGAAGAGCAGGAGGAGGUAACAGCAUGAUGCCUAGUCCGUCCAUGGGUGAGCUCAUGACUGUGCGUGGUGGAAUUCUGGGGCCGAAUGGUCGGGAUAUGGGUUUUGGUCAACAAGAUUUAGUUGGUAGGCCUAGCCGGGAACUGCUUCGUCUACCUCCAGAUGCAUCCAACACUCUAUAUGUCGAAGGACUUCCUUCUAAUUGCUCAAGGAGGGAAGUAGCUCGUAUCCUGUGUUGA